AGCUCCUGUCUAUCCAGCCUCCUCCCCACUACUGCCCUCACAGAUUAAGAAACUGGGAGUCGUAUGCUGUAGCAAUCAGCCGUGUGCACACAUGGGACAGGCGGGGAAACAGAGUGAGCACGGAUCAGGAGCAGAGGAGUGAGACUUCCAGUGGACACUCAGAGCGCCUUACUUCUCCACGGAGCCCAGUAGCCAAUGGCAACUUCAGUCCAGACUCUUCCUCUGACCCGUGGCCCCAGGAAAAAUUUCCGUAACCCAUUCCCUGCCUCCCUCCUCUCCUCCCACUGCAGGAUGGGAAGCGUAGGCAGCCUGGUGGAGAGGCCUGAUGUGUCUCCAACUAAAGGUAGCCGUGCAGUCCCUCAAGUGAGGCCCAAACAGUCAAAUGGACUCCUGAAAAAGGGCUUCACCCAGAGAGAGCUUCUCAAUUACCUCAACAUCACCAGGAAGGAGCCCAAAUCUAGCCCAAGCAGUGACAGAAAGAAGGACGUGAUCUCCGGCUUCAGGUCUGUCAGUGCAUGUGAGGACGACAACAUAUACACAAAGAUCUACAAUAAAAACGGCACUGAAAUUGACCUGACAAAGAACUCGCUGCCAACUGGUGGCAAGUAUGAAAAGGCACGUUUUAGGUCUUCAGCCUUCAAGCCUGUCACGCCUAAAAACUUCAGCUCCAUGCAAAACCUCUAUCCAUCUUCUAAGACAGAGGAUGAUGACCUCGGCCUUUCCAAUGGGUUGAACAGAACCUAUGCACAUGCCUCUAAAGCUGUUUCCACCUCUUCCUCCUCCUCCUCACCUUCCCGUCAUGGAGGACUGACAUCAAGCAGUAGCAAGGCCCGCUCCUCAGUGCGUGGGAUGAGCCAGGAGGAAGACAACCUGUCAGACUCGGGCCAUAACUCCAUGAGCAGCCUGCCGCCGUACCGACCUCCAUUCCGUACACACCUCACUCACAUCAGUGCAUCUAUGGGCCACAUCAACACCAUUGGCUCCCUGGACCGCACCUCUCUGGUGUCAAAGACCGUCGAGGCAGGGGGCGUGUCUGUCGGUGAGGCAGCAAUGGCAUGCCGCAGCAUGGCGACACUUAGCCGUCUGGCUCCAUAUGGUGGGGAGGCUCCACCUCCUUAUGAAUGGACACUCUCAGUGUCUUUGGAGGAUGUUGUACGUGAUCUGGAAGAGCGCCUGCUGGAGAAAGAACAUGAGCUGAAACAGGUAUUUGAGGGGAAGCAACGUCUGUGGGAGAAGGAGAUCGAGGAACUGAAGCGCCUGUAUGCGGCAAAGCUGCUUCAAGUUUCCCAGCAUGCCCAGCAUUCACAGCGGAGCCUGCACAUGCAGCUGCACAAGGCCCAGCAGGAGAAGACUCAAAUGCAAGAGGAGGUUGAGAACUUGAGAAGAGAAGGUAACCAGCAGGCUGGUGCCAGGGCAAAGCAACCCAGUCCUACACUGGAGGAGACGCAGUGGGAGGUGUGCCAAAAGUCAGGGGAGAUCUCCUUGUUGAAGCAACAGUUGAGGGACUCCCAGGCAGAGGUGACCCAGAAACUGAGUGAGAUCUUCCAUCUGAAGACACAGCUUAGGGAGACCCGCAUGGAGCUCUGUAACAAGGACAGCCAGAUAGAUGCAUUAAAGCUGGUCCUGCAAGGUAGAAGACAUCAGAGCUGCCUGUUUCAGACAACACAGGAAGAGGGAAAAGGAGCUGAAGAGAAUACCUCACCUGGAAUAACAGGAGGGUCCAGGGGCACAACAGAGGAGCGUCUGCGCGCAGAGCUUCUGCUGGAGCGACGGCAGAACGAGGCCCAGGCCAUGGCUUUUGAAGAAGAACGGCAGACAUGGCAGAUGGAAAAGGACAAGGUCAUCCGCUACCAGAAGGAGCUGCAGGCAAACUACAUUGAGAUGUACCACCGCAAUGAAGCACUGGAGAGGGAGCUACACCAACUGAGAUCAGAGAUAGAGCGAGGAGGAGGAGGAGGAAGAACUGGAGACAUUAGGAGUGGGACACCGGAAAGAGUGGACGAAAAACAAGAGGACAGACCUGCCUCUGGUUUGCCGUGGAUAGAGGAUCGAAUCAUCUGAAAUCUGAAUGUGAUGGAAACUUAACUGCAUAUAUUCAACACAUCAAGACUUGGCAGAACAUUGGUGUCAGUUAUGUAAUAAUUCCAAGAAGCGAGAUGUCAAGUUUAAGAGUUCUGUCCAAAUAUAAACCUACAGAUGAACUCAAGUUGAUAACUUGAGUUCAUUUGCUAAGAGGUCAAUUUUGUAUCAAAGGGUUUGUCUCAGAAACUUUUGUCUGAGUGUGUGGUUUCCUGGACUCAGGGGGCGGCACUUUGCAGCUUUGACACAAAAUCUUCAUCUCCGGGUUUAGUGCGGAGGAUGAAAGCAGUCCGGAUACUGAUGCCAACGUGCCAACAGGAAAACUGUAAUACUUCAGAAAUAAGAAAUGGUGUUGGACUUAUUUUUGCAUUUGUUUAUCAAAUUGUUGGGUGAGAUAAAUAUAUUUUGUAGAUAUUGAGAUUUUCUUUGGUCUUUUUUUCAUUGUAUUGCUGGCACACCAUUGUCUUUAAAGCAGCCCAUCUUUCUGCAGGAAUCGUCAACUGAAGAUGCAAAGUAUUGUCAUUUUGCUUUUUGGUGCCAUUUGUUGGCACACAUCCAGCCAAUAACAGCAAUUGCAUGAAUUAUUUCAGCAUUUUCAGAUUUUAAAGCAGGAAUGUUAAAAUAUUUAAUAAGAAAACAGCUCCCCACUGACCUUUAAGCAUACUGUGACUGUAUUUGCUGGACUUGGAACUGCAAGUUUUUGUUCUGGAUUCAUAAUGAACAUGUACGAAGUGGUGUAAACAUUGUUUAUCUGGUACUUAUAUUGUGGUAUAAAUUACUACUGCCAAA